AAAACAUUACACUAACAUUCCCUCAACCUAUUAGUCCUGUGAGCAUCUCUGCUACUCGAGCCAAUUUAUUUGAAAGUUCAAAACUAUUCUUUAUUCUGUUUAGUUUUGUGAGUUUGUAUAUAGUUAGCUGACAGAAAUCCUCAGAAUGGAUGAAAUCAGAGCUUGUUUGCCCAUCCAUCAUCUGAUUUUGUGUGAAAUCUGUCCAAAACUCCUCCGUCCCCCAGCCUGUGACCUGCAAGCCGAUUGAAUUCAGCUAUCUUGAAGGACAUCUCAAUUCUCUAAUUGCGCUGCAAGGAGAUGAGGAAUGAGGAGGAGCAAGGAAGCUUUCUGAGGAGUAAUGAGCGAGGACACAGGUGUAUCUUCCCUCACAUCCUAAGGGGGUGGAGCUAAGACACAAGGAAAGGAAAUGAGGAAAGGAAAAGAGGAUUCACAAAUAAGAAAUGUGAAGCAACUAUCCAUUUCUUGGGGAUGUUUCUAUCUCAUUUCCUCAUUCUGUGCAGUCAGUGGGUCACAUGUUGUCUGUAGUGGUUUAACAGUCAGAGAGAGGGAUUAAAUGUUUUUGAUUUUUUUAAUUGUACUAAAUAAAUGUGAAAAUGGCAGACCUGAUUUAUAGCUUAUAGCAACUACGUCCAGGGGUUACAAGUUCAGUACAAAGUUUCUUCAUUGCAGUAAACAACUGCACUUUGAAGUGUGUUUUUGAAGUCUGUCCCGUGACAGUGCAACUUUCACACAGCUUUUACAAACCUCAGUUAUUUUUUUUUUUGUUUGUUUUGUUUAGUUUUAGUUUUGUUUUUUAAAGGUCACUGCAGUGCGCAUGUCUCUUUCAGACCAGAAUUCAGGAGAUGCGCUUCUCAUUUAAACAUUUCAAAUAGGCUAGAUUUCCUAUAACCAUGAAAUAGUACACAUAAGGCUUUCAGUCAUGUACAUGAGUGUCACGAUGAAGAUCUUCGCUCUGCUCUGUGUUUUUCUUCUUUAUGGGACUUUGCCUUCAAUUCAAGCAGAGAAACACUCGCUGUAUUACAUUUACACGGGCUUGUCUAAACCUGUGAAUCUGCCGGGCAUCUAUGAAUUCUCUGCUAUGGGUCUGCUGGACGACACACAGAUCGACUAUUACAAUAGUAAAGAAAAGAGAAAGAUUCCCAAACAACAGUGGAUGAAAGAGAAAAUGCAGGAGGAUUACUGGGAAAAAGGCACUCAGUCCAGAAAGAGUAAAGAACAGUGGUUUAAUGUGAACAUCCACAUUAUCAUAGACCGCAUGAGACACGAUGAUUCAGAUCUUCAUGUUCUUCAGUGGAGACACGGUUGUGAAGUUGAGCAGCAGGGAGAUCAAGUGAAGUUUCUCAAAGGCAUUUCUGAGUAUGGCUAUGAUGGAGAAAACUUCUUGUCUUUUGAUGAUGAAGAGUCUCAAUGGGUCGCCUUUAUUGAUGCAGCUCUACCAACCAAGAGAAAAUGGGACAAUGUGCCAAUCCUAAACCAAUACACCAAAGGAUACCUGGAGAAAGAGUGUGUGGACUGGCUCAACAAAUUCAGAGAAUAUGGAGACGAGAAGCUCAGAAAUGGCUUGUUUUCAGCUCCUCCAAAGGUUUAUGUGUUUCUAAGGAAGAAUUCCAAUGACAAAAGCAAGCUGAAACUCACCUGUAUGGUCACUGGCUUCUACCCCAAAGACGUGAUGUUGACCAUUAGGAAAUAUCGCACAUCUCUGCCUAAAGAUGUGAUUGAAUCCACAGGAAUCAGACCAAAUCAUGAUGGGUCCUUCCAGAUGAGGAAGAGUGUGGAGAUCAAGAAGGAGGAAAAAGAUGAAUAUGAUUGUUUUGUGACCCACAAGAGCAUCAAAGAACCAAUUAUCGCCAAAUUAGGUCAAGCUAUUGAAUCAUCGAAUGCCAAUGCAGCUGAUGCUGAAGAAUCUUUGCUCAAGAAAGAAUCUGAUGAGAGACACUCGCUGUAUUACAUUUACACAGGCUUGUCUAAACCUGUGGAUCUGCCGGGCAUCUAUGAAUUCACUGCUAUGGGUCUGCUGGACGACACACAGAUCGACUAUUACAAUAGUGAAGAAAAGAGAAAGAUUCCCAACAACAGCUGGAUGAAAGAGAAAAUGCAGGAGGAUUACUGGGAAAAAGGCACUCAGUCCAGAAAGAGUAAAGAACAGUGGUUUAAUGUGAACGUCCAGAUUCUGAUGAACCGCAUGAGACACGAUGAUUCAGAUCUUCAUGUUCUUCAGUGGAGAGUUGGUUGUGAAGUUGAGCAGCAGGGAGAUGAAGUGAAGUUUCUCAAAGGCAUUAAUGAGUAUGGCUAUGAUGGAGAGGACUUCUUGUCUUUUGAUAUUAAAGAGUCUCAAUGGGUCGCUCCAGUUGAUGCAGCUCUACAAACCAAGAGAAAAUGGGACAAUGUGCCGAUCCUAAACCAAUACACCAAAGGAUACCUGGAGAAAGAGUGUGUGGACUGGCUCAACAAAUACAGAGAAUAUGGAGACGAGGAGCUCAGAAACGGCUCUCCUCCAGAUGUCCGUGUGUUUGUGAGAAAAUCCAUUUACAAAACCAAGCUGAAACUCACCUGUAUGGCCACUGGUUUUUACCCCAAAGACGUGAUGAUGUUCAUUAGGAAGUAUCGCACAUCUCUGCCUGAAGAUGAGAUUGAAUCCACAGGAAUCAGACCAAACCAUGAUGGAACCUUCCAGAUGAGGAAGAGUGUGGAGAUCAAGAAGGAUGAUGAAGCAGGAUAUGAUUGUUUUGUGACCCACAGUUCCCUCAAAGAACCAAUUAUCAUCAAACUAGGACAAGCUACUGAACCACUGAAUGCAAGUGCAACUGAUGCUGAAGAACCUUUCCUUGAGAAAGAAACUGAUGGACAAGAGAGAUCUGGAGAAUCACCAGACAUCAGGGCGACUGUUUUCAUAGUUUAUAUCUCUGUCAUAUUUCAUUUUAUCUGGAUAUUUUGAAGCACUUUGCUCAAGAAACUAACAUCUUAGACUAAGUGCCCAAAGAAAGAUCUUUUUAUUUGAAGAGAGCUGAUUUUCCAGACUCAAAUUGAAUUUUAUGAAAUUUAGCUAUUAAAAAAAUGCUAUUAAUCAAA